UGGAAGUGCAUACGCUGGCGUGGAGGAUGUGGGUCUCCGCUAGUUGGAAAAGCGUAAUUGCUGAGCAACUGAGUGGAGACGGACGCUCACAGUGAGGGAUAGGGCAGGGCAUUCGACUCAACACAGUGCCUCAGUCUCCAUAAAAGACAGACGUAGCCUAUAGAACAGCUACAAAAGGGAUGCCGUAGAGGUGGCGGAGGGGGUGUCGUUGUCAAGGCAGCAGCAGAGAUGAGUGUGACAUCCUGGUUCCUGGUCAGCAGCGGGGGGACGCGUCACCGCCUCCCCCGAGAGAUGAUCUUCGUCGGACGGGACGAUUGUGAGCUCAUGCUACAGUCCCGCAGUGUCGACAAACAGCACGCGGUCAUCAAUUAUGAACCUGCUACAGACGAGCACAAAGUCAAAGAUCUGGGGAGCUUGAAUGGGACGUUUGUGAACGAUGUCCGCAUUCAGGAGCAGAUGUAUAUUACUCUGAAGCUCGAUGACAAGCUGAGGUUUGGAUAUGAUACCAACCUGUUCACCGUGGUGAUAGGGGAACUCCAGGUACCCGAGGAGGCCCUUAAGCAUGAGAAGUUCACCAGCCAACUCCAGCUGGGCAAGAAGCCCUCCAACGUGGAGAACACCAAGUCCCCCUCCAAGUCCCCCUCCAAGUCCCCCUCCAAGUCCCCCUCGAAGUCCCCCUCCAAGUCCCCCUCCAAGUCCCCUAAGUCUCCCAGGUCCAAGCCUGCUGAGGACAUGAGGUCAGAAGGGGUCCCUGCAGAAUCAGCUGGCAAACCAGCCGCCAGACAGAAGGCUGAGGACAAGAUGGCAGGGGACAUGGCCUCCUCUCAAAGAGGAACCCCUCUGUACGGACAGCCGUCCUGGUGGGGCGACGGGGACGCCGACGACGAGAACUCCUUCAAACAGGAGAUCAAGACCUCCAGCAAGAAGCACGAUAACCCAACGGCAGACAGCAGAGAGGCCGGGAGGGGUGACAGAGCCAGGGAGGACGCACAGGAGCCGAGCUACUUUGAGAUCCCCACCAAGGAAGGCCAGAUGGCAGAGAACGGGAUCCACGAGAUUCCCACCAAAGACACGGAGGGCGUGGCCAACCUCAACACAAGCACCGCCUCCGGUGCCGGCGCUGCAGCCCAGGGCCACGCCUCCUUCACAAUUGAGUUUGACAGCACGUCCCCGGGCAAGGUCACCAUCAAGGACCACGUGUCAAAGUUCACCCCCGACCACCGGCCGCGGUCCAAGAAAGCGGGACAGCCAGGAGGGCGGGAGAUGAGCACCCUGCAGGCCGCCAUGAUGGCGUCGGAAAGCAAGGUUGCCGAUUGGCUGGCUCACAACGACCCCACGCUGGUGCGGCGAGAAUCAGCGGAGGACGACAGCAAGAGCAUCAAGAGUGAUGUUCCGGUUCACCUGAAGCGGCUGAAAGGCAGCAAGCAUGAGGACGGCACCCAGAGCGACUCGGAGAACGGUCCGGGCCUGCGCUUCGGCAACCGCCGCCUGGCUCUGGAGGAGCGCCUGAGGGCAGCGCACGGCCAGGCCGGAGGGGCCGCCUGCCCCCCCCGCGGCAGCAGCAGCAGCAGCAGCAGGACGGCCUUCAUGAUCGAGUUCUACGACGAGGAGAACACUCGCAAGCGACGCUCCUACUCCUUCUCCCAGACUGCCCCGUUGCUAGGGGGCGUGACCGGGGAGGGACUCUGCCCCACGCCCCCCUCUCACCCCAAGACCGCCGGCACCACGGCGACCGCGGACUGUACCAGGGGCGGCGUGACGAUAUCGGCGGCCAUCGUUGCAGGGGCGCCCACGGCGGCGCGCGUGCUGCUGAAGCAGAGGUCUGAAGACCCCAGCCUGGGCCGCAGCUCGGCCAGCACGGGGCACCACACCACCAGCCCCAGCGAGGACACGGCCAGGGGGCCCGAGGACAGGGACAAGGAGCUGGAGGACGACCAGAGCGACAAGGGGACGUACACCAUCGAACUGGAGAACCGCAACCCGGAGGAGGAGGAGGCCAGGCGCAUGAUAGACAAGGUGUUUGGGGUGGACCAGAACCAGAGCCAGAACCAGGACUCUCCAACGCCGAGACCCGCGGACAAGCAGCAGGACUCUGCCAAACCCCCAGAGGCUGGAGAGACGGUCAAGCCUCCAGAGGCUGGAGAGACGGUCAAGCCUCCAGAGGCUGGAGAAACGGUCAAGCCACCAGAGGCUAGAGAGACGGCCAAGCCAAGCUGCCUUCCAGCUGAGGGCGUGGCCAGCGAGUCAGGUGACCGCUGGGUCUCUCAGUGGGCCAGUCUAGCGGCCAAUCACACGAGGACGGACCCCGAGGGCUCGGGGGCGGAGCCCCCUGCCUUCCUCCAUCAGGAGAGAGAAGCUGAUGCCUUCAUCAGAAGCACCAGCUCCAUCACCUCCAGUCUUACCGAGCGCAAACGCAGAACCCUCCCCCAGCUCCCCCUGGAAGACCCCCGCACCAGAGCGCCCCUGGCCCCAGCCCCGGGCCUGCGCUCUGAUAUCGGGGAGAAGCAAGACACGGAGCCCCAGGAGAAGGAGGGCCAGCUGGAGCACAGAGGAGACGGCUGGAGCCUCACCCCUGUAGAGGCCGGAGGAGGGGAGAUGACCGCUAGGCAAAGCCUUGGCUCGGCCUGGCCACCGGCCUCCUCCAAGCCUCCGCUGAGGCCGUCUGGCAGCUCAGAGAAGAGAGAGGAGGGCCGCAGGAAGAGGUCAGAGGACAGGGGCCAGAGGUCAGAGGACAGGGGCCAGAGGUCAGACGAUAAGUCAGGCAAGCCCCUGGUCCGCCAGGGGAGCUUCACCAUCGACAAGCCCAGCGGCGUCGUCCCCGCGGAGCACCUCCCCCGCAUCAGGCAGGCGGGCGGGGCCGGGGGCCCGGGCCUGGGGCGCGAGAGGAGCGACUCGGUGGGCAGCAUGGACACGGCGACCCUGCUGAAGGACACGGAGGCCGUCAUGGCCUUCCUGGAGGCCAAGCUGAGGGACGAGAAGAAGAGCGCCUCCGGCCAGCGUCCCGGCUCCAUCUCCCCGGAGUCGGACGUGGACACGGCCAGCACGGCCAGCCAGGUGGUCGUAGAGGCGGACAGGAAGGCUGCCGCCCAGAAGAGACGCUCUCUCAGCAGCCUGCACAGGGAGAAGAGCAGCAUGAGCGCCAAGACCACCACCCCCAGCGCCAGCGCUCGAGAACGCCUGGAGAGGAAGACCAAGACCAGGCCGGAUGCCGGUCGGGCCGAUGCCCGGAGGCCUGUCCAGCCGGGGUCGUCCACUCGCGGGCGCCAGCCGUCCCUGGACCUCACAGACGACGACCAGACAUCUUUCCCCAUCUCAGACAUCCUCUCCUCAGACCAGGAGAGCUACUCUGGGCCGGGGCGCUCGUACGGCCGGGGCUCGCUCACCUCCACGGAUGACCUGCUGCAUUCCAAGAUGGAGUCCGGCGGGCGAGUCAGCAAGACCUCCAGCAGCUACACCAAGCCCAGUAAAACCCUCCAUGCUGCCACGGCCUCGUCCAUUGGAAAACAGGCCUCCCUGCCUCAGCCCAGGCCCACCAGGGCCUCCCUGCUCCGCCGGGCCCGACUGGGGGACACCUCGGACACAGACCUGGCCGACGCGGACCGGGUGUCCGUGGCGUCGGAGGUGUCCACCACCAGCUCCACCUCCAAGCCGCCGUCCGGUCGCAAGGGCCCGUCUCGUCUGGACAUGCUGGCCCAGCCCAGGAGGACCCGGCUGGGGUCCAUCUCCGCCCGCAGUGACUCUGAAUGCACCGUGGCACGGAGCUCCGUCUCCGGCCGGCUGUCUGCUGAGACCGCCCUGCGUCUGGGCCUCAGGCCCACCACGCCCACUGACAGCAAGAUGGCGCCUCGCAUGAGAGCCAACAGCGUGUCCAAGCUGACCGAUACCAAGGCCAAGGUCACGACCUCUGCCUACGGCUUGCCCUCAGAAAGCUCUCAAUCUGAGCCUGAGGGUGGCACUACAGAGGAGCAGGAGGAGCUGAUGGCGUCCAACAGGUGGCGCCGGUUGCCUCCUGAGUACGGCUCCACCUCUGAGGAAGAGUUUGGCUCAAACAGGAACUUGUCCAAACAUGGCCGCCCCCACCUGAGGCCCUCCCAUAUCCUCCGAAGCCCCCGUUUGCCCGGCGCCACCCCCAGCCCAGUGUCAGGCUCCGCCCCCAGCUCCGCCCUCGGCCCCGCCCUCGGCCCUGGGGGCGUGGUCCUCAAACACAGGAUGCGGGAGCAGGAUGAAUACAUCCGAGACUGGACGGCCCACAGCGAAGAGAUCGCCAGGUUAUUUCCCUGUGUGCGCAGAAUCAGCCAAGACCUGGCCAAGGAUCUGGCCAUCCUGGCACGAGAGAUCCACGACGUGGCUGGCGAAAUCGACUCGGUCAGCUCCUCCGGCACGGCGCCCAGCACCACCGCCAGCACCGCCGCCACCACGCCCGGCUCCGCCAUCGACACCCGUGAAGAGGUAGGCAGGCGUGCACAUCUGGACGUGCAGGAGAGCAUGCGAAAGCUGGUGGAGCGUGUGUUUGACGAGAGCCUGACCUUCCGGAAGAUCCCGCCCGUCAUCCAGGCGAAGCCCCCCGAGAUCAACGGGCGCCCCGUGGAACUGCGCCCCCGCGCCCCCGACACCCUGGACCCCCGCGUCCUCCGCCGGCGCACCUGGAACCGGGAGGAGGUGAGAGAUGGGGAGGGUCAGAAGAAGGCGGUGUUGGACAGUCUGUUGAUCACCUCUGUGUCACAGCUGUCAUCCAAGAUCAGACAGUCUGUCGACAAAACCGCAGGAAAAAUAAGGAUUUUGUUUAAAGAUAAGGACCGAAACUGGGAUGAGAUCGAGAGCAAACUCAGAUCCGAAAGUGACAUGCCGCUUCUGAAAACCUCCAAUAAGGAGAUCUCCUCCAUCCUGCUGGAGCUGAAGAGGGUGGAGAAACAGCUUCAAGUGAUAAACGUCAUGGUGGAUCCUGAUGGUACUCUGGAUGCCCUGACAAGUCUCGGCCUGACCAGUCCCACCACGCCGACCAAGCUCAACACCAACCCUGGACCCCAGGCACCCAUAGAGGGCUCCGCCAAGGGCCACUCCCCCUCCGUCCCACCAGUGGAGACAGACCGAGACCUGGGCGGAGUCUUCAGUCGCGUCCAUCCCAACGGAGAAGAGAAUGCCAUCACCCAGAAGUGAGAAUGGACCAGUGAGACCACCUUUCACCGACGUGUAACGUUGUGGAAACGUUCAGAUGGAGAGUAGGCUGGAUUAUGUCUAACAGACUGUGGCACAGGGAAUCAUUUAUAGAGACACCGUCAAGAACUGAGCCCAGGAUCCCUGAGAAUUCAUCGAGGGAUAUCUGCCUCAAAAAAAAAAAGAGUAAUCUGACUCUGUUGUAUUGAAUGGGUGUAUGAACCCCAGUGUAUGUAUCUCUAUGUAUGUAUCUCCUUUGCCUCACUAACCUAAAUCGGACAGUAUGUGUGAGGACCCUAAACAGGACAAGCCUUAAAGCGAGUCACAGUUUUCUCCUGUUACCAUGGAACAAGGACAGCACCUCACAUUACUGAAUCACCAUAGACACUUUGGGAUGGCAGUCACCUUAACAGCAGGGUGUCCUCCAUAGUCAGGUUUUGAAUUUGCAUGACCCAGGCGUGGAGCGAGUCUCUACAUUAUACAGAUGUGUAAUUGGUUGAUUCUCUGGGUAAACAUUUGGUCACACUGAGACCGUACAUCUUGUAGUUUGUUCAUCACCCGUCUGCAGAUUGAACUACAGUGUGCACUGCAAACAAACUACAAAUCCCAGGCAAACUGACUUCUCCAGUGCCUCCCCAUGCUUCUUUUUAAAAUAUUUUCCAACUGUUUUAUCAAGAGAACAUGGACUACUUGUGUGUUUAAGAAAAAAAGUAGCAUUUCGUCUCAGUACCAAGAGAUUGAUAGUGAAAAAGUUUGGGUUCUCCACAGUAAACGUACUUCGUUUAUUUACAAGUGCCAGAUGUCAGUGGCAUUCGGGAACAAAGUAUGUCCUUAUCCUUCAGUAGUUAAUCAAACAAUCUACCAAAGCUAAUAGUAGCAUAUGUCUGUUUUUAAAAGUUUCCCCAAGUGAAUUACUGCAUACAUUUUUAAAUGUAUUUUGAAUGGAAACUUGUUUUUGAUGUUUUCUACUAGUUCCUGUCAAGUGCAAAUAUUUCUCUAAAGUCUUUGAAGUCAGCUUUUGCUAAAUAGCUCACAGAAAAUAAAUAAUUGCUUCAACAAUAUGCAAUUUUGAAAAUCUAAUUUCGAUAUGGCUCUAAUUCAGUACUUCCUGUGUCAGUAGUUGUUCCCUUGACAACAUGACACACAACGUCAUGUGAUUUACAGAUGGAUUUUUUUUUUUGAAACACUGUAAUGAUGGUAUCUUUGUAAAAUGAAACUAAUCAAUCUGUAAAUUGAACUGUUUCUUUUUCACAUUUAGGACACUGAUCCAGAUCUAUGUACUGUAGCACUUAGUAGCCUGCUCUUCUAGUCUCUCUGCUUUGUUAUCUCUGCAUUGUUGCAUAAUAGGGGGCAUUGAAGACAACAUAAACUUGAGUCUGUGUCCUUCUGAAUAUCAUUAAGAGCCAUUAUCAGCCUUGGCUGUGGAAUAAUAAUGUUUCUUCAUUUCCAUACUAAGGAUAAGCCUCACACGCACUCGUAUAGUUUUUGUAGUGUUUGCCUAAUGUAGACAUACAGAAGGUUUCCAAAUUGCAUUUGCUACUUAUUUAUAGAUAUUUCAUAGACACUAACCAUUUUCAAAGCCACUCCGAUUUACAGAAAUGUGUCAUAGAAUGGAAUAAAGUACAAGUGGUCUAUUAGUAUUUAGAUUUGAGCAAUAGUGAAAUUAAGUCCAUCACAUGCUGUGUUUUUCUUCUGUUCAAUACAAUGUACAGAAUUUCUUAUGUCACUAAGUGCCGGUUUUUAAAUGUAAUGGCAUUUUUUCAAAGAUAAGAAAAUCUUAAAAUGUUUAGUUAGAUUAUUAUUAUUUUGCACAUUGGAUUGUUUAUUAUUUUUUAUAAUUUUUCUGUUAAAUAACAAAAACGAUCAAAUAAAUCUCACUGUGUACAGUGUUGUGGUUUUGGAGUUCAAAAAUACAAUUUCGGAACCAUGUAAUGUCAAGUCUGGCUUGACGGUGUAGAUUACAUCAUCGGCUCUUCAAACUCCUGAUUCCUAUAUUAUCACAAAGUAAAGUGCUCGGUACACUAUUCAAAUGUUUACACAUUAUCCUAUCAGCGUUUUACUAUUUUUUUGUCAUGUUUUGUAUGAACCACCCUUUUAUUUAUUUUGUACUGUGUUGUGUCUUUAUUGUGUCUAUUGUGUUACUGUAAAUUCAUGCCUUUUACAUCGUUAAUGAAUAAAAUACAAACAUUCUCAAUUGUAUUAAACCCUUUUUAAGAUGAACUGUUCAUCUGUUAGAAAAGAAGAGUACCCUACCUCUCCAUAGACUCCUAUAUGGAAGUUAACCACAAUCUUUUCAAGUUUCUUAACAUUUGAAUGAUAAAUGAAAUUCUCAAAAGAUAAAUGAAAGGCUCUAAUGAGAAAUAAAAUGCUCAAAACGACUGCUCAAAUUAUGAAUAAAAUAUUUAAUACAUGACAUACCGCGCGUCAUGUUUGC